AAACAAUAUCACUCUCUGCUGCUUGCUCAGAAGUUCAGUUCAGAGUUUUGGAAAUUGUGAAAUAUCAUGGCGUUUUGCCGUUCUAAAAGUGAUAAAAUCUUAAAAACAGGAGAUAUUCUCCUAAUAUAUCCACACACGAUGAUAAAUGACGUUAAAGUACUUGUAGAUGAUCUUCAAAAGAACACAACAUUUACUCCUAAAUCAUGGUGGAUCACUAACGAUGAGGAAAUGGAUGAAGUGGGGGCAUACUUAUGGGCGAAGAACAAGAUACUAAACAGAACAAAAACGAUUGUUUUUGACGACAUGAAAGUCGAUACCUUAUUGGAAGAUGGAACGAGAGGAGAUGUACAAUAUCCCGGAGGACCACAAGAUCAUGCAUUUAUUGAAUUGAUGCAAGAUUUGCAUUCCUUGCAAGAACAAGGAAUGGAGCUGAUUGUAGUACAGAUGGACAAUAAGGAGGAACUUCCAUCAAAGUAUCCCCGUUACACUAAUAUUGAUUUCUACCAAAAAGUAGCAGUUAACACUGCAUAUAAAUAUCCUGUAGAUAAGGAUAGAUUCUUUCAAGUGUUAAAUCCCAAUGAAGAUAACUAAAUAUAUU